CGCUAUUCAAUCAUUUUUAGAAUAUGGGUUCUUGCUAACGCAAAUCCAGUGGAAUGCUCCCCUUUUGCUUUUUCGCAACGUUUUUACUCCUCGCGCGAUCGAGAAUGUUACACAAACUCCAUUUAGUGUCCAAAGACGCGCCCAGUUGUGGUGUACCCCUUAAAGCACUGGACCAUGACCAUACAUCGUACAGAUCUCUCUGUUUGACACUUGCAUCAAAGGAGCCGCCUGAGAUCGACUCGACGAUUCGAAUGUACCGCCACCUCCCUGCUGACUACUGCGACCUGCAGACAGCUCGGUGUCGAGUAUCACCGAGAAAAUUCAAGGAAUCAGGACUAAUCGUGGGACAUUGGGUACUCUUGCAGUCGACUGAUUCGAAUCACGGCGAUCAGAUCUAUUGUCGAGUAUGGCCGGCACGUUAUGAUUGUCAGGAUGAUAUUCUGGUGGAUCGGUAUAUCACGAAGACAGCACAGGCCACUCAGGAUCGGGACGAGGAUGUGCGGAUACGUACGGACACGUCAUACAGUAUGAAGGUCCUUGAGUCACCCAUCCGGAAGGCAUUGCGGUUACAGGUUGUCGUAUCGCAGAUUCGCAAGGACGGCGUGCUGAGUAGCGAAGGAGCUGCAUACGAAGAGGCCACGGAUCUGAUGAAGCAGCAUAUAGUGCACAAUGCAUUGCAGGAUCUGGUUCUGGAAGAAGGGUUCUCUGUCGCCAAUGAGCAUGCUGGUCUAUUGAUCAUGGUAUGUCACCUUGGAGGCAUGCGGGCCCUCCAAAGAUAAUAAUAAUAAUAAUCGAAGCACGACUACAUGGAAUAGGACUAAAAUGAACACCAUGUUUUCCAUGGCAGAUCAAAUCUGGACAGCCUUCUCAAGGACCUCU